CGUGAUAAGGCGCUCUAUCGGAUGCUAUAGGAUUAUUAUUCUCAGUAGUGGUGUUAUAAUAACUUGUGUAGUGUUAUGGCUAAUUCGAAUCCAAGCCGGAUUUUGGACUGUUGUCUGGCGUUUUUGUUCUUGAGUUCUUCCGGGCUUUGGGGUUCGGCGUUUGGGCAGAUUCGCUACUCGAUUCGCGAGGAAUUGGAACACGGCGCAUUUGUGGGCAAUAUCGCCGACGAUCUCGGCUUGAACGUAGCGGAACUGUCCGCCCGCAGGUUCCGCAUUGUGUCCGGCGCUCGUCAACACUACUUGGAUGUCAACUUGGAAAAUGGAAUAUUGUUUGUCAAUGAGAAGAUAGACAGAGAGCAACUCUGCGGACUGAAUCCCACCUGUUUCUUCAACCUGGAAGUGGUGAUAGAGAACCCAUUGGAGCUGUAUCAGGCUGAGAUAGAGAUUCUGGAUGUCAAUGACAAUUAUCCCAGUUUCCCCCAAAGCCAAGUGCGGCUGGACAUCACCGAAUCGGCGACUCCGGGAGCCAGAUUCCCCCUGGAAAGCGCCCACGAUCCGGAUGUUGGCCCCAACUCGCUGCGGACCUACCGGCUGACUCCCAACGAACACUUCAUCUUGGAUGUGCAUGCUCGCAGCGAACGGAGCAUGUUGGCGGAGCUGAUUCUGGAGAAGGCGCUGGAUCGGGAGCAGAAAGCGACCCAUCACUUAGUGUUGACAGCGAUAGAUGGGGGCAUCCCGGAGAAAUCGGGCACCGCGCAGAUCACCAUCAGUGUUCUGGAUGCCAACGACAACACCCCAGUCUUUGACCAAACGGUCUACUCUGUGAGGCUGGUGGAAAAUGCACCCAAGGGAACUUUGGUUCUCAAACUGGAAGCCACCGAUUUGGACCAAGGUACGAACGGGGAGAUAGUUUAUGCCUUCAGUAACCACGCUCAUCAGCGGGUGCGGGAACUGUUCAGCGUGAACCCCAGAACCGGGGAGAUCAGGGUGAGGGGGUUGGUGGAUUACGAAGAAGCCGCGUUAUAUGAGAUCUUUGUACAAGCCAAGGACAAGGGACAGAACGCGGUGGCGGCGCAUUGCAAUGUGAUGGUGGAGAUCAUUGACUUGAAUGACAACCCGCCAGAGGUCAUCUUGACUUCCUUGUCCACCCCCGUCCCAGAGGACUCACUUCCGGGUACCGUGAUCGCUCUGAUCAACGUGAUGGACCGCGAUUCCGGGGCCAACGGGAGGGUGAGUUGCAAAGUCGCCAAGAACAUCCCGUUCAAACUCUUGCCCUCCUUCAAGAAGUAUUACACGUUGGUCACUGAUGACCUGCUGGACAGGGAGAGUGUGGCUGAGUACAACAUCACCAUCACCGCCGGAGACAUGGGGACCCCUUCUCUCUCCAGCAACAAGACCAUUGUGGUACAGGUGUCGGAUGUGAACGAUAACACCCCGCGCUUUACGCAGCUCACCUUCACUGUGUAUGUGACUGAGAACAACGCACCGGGCGCUUCCAUCUGCUCUGUGAGCGCAGUGGACCCAGACUUGAACCAGAACUCCUACCUGUUUUACUCUAUCCUGAGCAGUCAGAUACAGGGCAUGUCUGUGUCCACUUAUGUCUCCAUCAACUCGGACACCGGGAACAUCUACGCCCUACGUUCCUUUGACUACGAGCAACUUAAGAGCUUCCAAAUCCAAGUGCAAGCGCAGGAUGCCGGCUUCCCUUCGUUGAGCAGCAACGUGACCGUCAACGUCUUCGUUCUGGAUCAGAACGAUAACGGGCCGGUUAUCGUGUCUCCCUUACCGCCCAACGGCUCGGUGGCGGUGGAGAGGGUGCCUCGAUCCGCCGAUACCGGUUACCUGGUGGUGAAGGUGACGGCGGUGGACGCGGAUGCGGGACAGAACGCUCGCCUCUCCUACCGGUUGCUCCAAGCCACCGACUCGGGCUUGUUCAGCGUGGCGCUCUACACGGGAGAGAUCAGGACAGUCAGGCGCUUUGGUGACCAAGACUCUGUCAACCAAAGACUAGUGAUCCAAGCCAAGGACAAUGGGCAACCACCACUGUCAUCCACCAUGACCAUAGCCCUGUCUAUCGUGGACAUUGUGCCUGAGAUCCAAUCUGACGUGACCAGAGAUCAGGAGCCACACACUGACCUCACUCUCUAUCUGAUCAUCUCUCUCGGCUCCAUUUCCUUCUUGUUUCUCGUGGCUAUCGUUAUCCUCGCCGCCAUCCGCUGCCACAGGGACAGAAACAACCUCCGCGAAGCCUACACCUGCUCCCCAGUACCUUGCUGUAGGAGUGUCUGUUUCUGGAGAAGGAAGAGUCCGAGGGAGAUCUACCAAAAAAAGGCCAACAACAACCUGCAGAUCGCCUCGGGGACCAAGGCGGCGCCCAACUGCGCCGAGGUGGGAGGCAGCGGGUCCCAGGCUUACUGUUACAGGGUGUGUCUGACCCCUGAGUCGGCCAAAAGUGACUUCAUGUUUCUCAAACCCUACGCGCCAGCCACCGCCCCCCCGCCCAAUAACACCCAGCCCUCUGUGACUGGACGGAGUGGGCAGACCCCAAACCCUGCCAAACCCAGGACCAACCCAACAAGCCAGAUGAAGCCACAAAACACUGACUGUCGAUUCUCACCCCUUCAAAACAAUCUUCCUAUCAGUUCUCUGGAUCAGGACGUGUUGGUUUCCCGGCGUCCGGCACAGAUAGAGCCGGUCAAAGUGCGUUCGGUGGUCUCUACACCAACCGAAAAUUAUCGUGGAACUCCUUUAUUAGUUGACAAACAUGGCUGGACACCUCGAUAUGGACCGCAAUACCCUUAUAUUGACCAACCUACCGGGUACAAGCACAAUGUAUACAUCCCCGGCACUGCCACCCUGAAAUCUUGCAAGAUGGACCCAGUGACUGAAAUGGACCAAAGCAACACUUUUUCUACCUUUGGGAAAAAAAGGAAACACAAUGCAGUUCCAGACAUGCAAGUUGAUAGAACUUUGAAUUAAGGUCUCCGAGUCACAGAACUUCGAAAUAUCUUAAAGUGUAAAGGACUAUCAUAUUCGAACGGUUUUACUUCUGUGUUAAACAACGUUGCGAUUUUUUAGUGAAUGAUAAAUAUGUUUGAAGCAUGUUUCAGCAAAGUAAGACCGUGGUGAUUUACCUUCUACUGUAUCUUGAUUUGCUCCUUAUGAAUGUGCAAUAGACAUUGAACAGCAGUUGAAAUUGUUAAAGGUUUGGCCCAGGGCUGAACAUUGGGUGCAGCAAAGCCAGUUGCACAAAUGUUUCUGAA